CUGCGUCCUAUUGGUUAGACCGCGUCACGUGACGGGUCCAGGUCUGACCGCGGCUGUUGUUGUUGUCCUGUGAUGGGGGGGGGAGGAAGGAUUGAUCACGUGAUUGGUUCAGAGGGCAGGUAUUUGCCGCUUCCCUGGAAACCACGUGACAGCCAGUGACGUCAGUGACACGGCGCUCUGUAACCGGGUGUCCGGACCGGGGAACCCCGCGGUAAGUGAGCAGCAACCGGGCAGCGCGAGCAGCGGCCCUAGGGAGGGCGGGACCUAGCGUUAUAACAGGAGAACUUCCGGCUGGUGAUCAUUCCUUCCCUCUGGUUAUACAGUGGGCCAGUCUCACCCCCCCACGGAGAAUGAAAUGGAACAUUCCUGUGCUAUAAAUAACAGUGACACCACAGGGACCGCUUCAGUCAGAGACCGGGGGGAGACCUGGCCGGUAUCCCGGGUUACUGACUGAGACACGGCCGGUAUCCCGGGUUACUGACUGAGACCUGGCCGGUAUCCCGGGUUACUGACUGAGACACGGCCGGUAUCCCUGGUUACUGACUGAGACACGGCCGGUAUCCCGGGUUACUGACUGAGACCUGGCCGGUAUCCCGGGUUACUGACUGAGACCUGGCCGGUAUCCCGGGUUACUGACUGAGACAUGGCCGGUAUCCCGGGUUACUGACUGAGACCUGGCCGGUAUCCCGGGUUACUGACUGAGACCUGGCCGGUAUCCCGGGUUACUGACUGAGACCUGGCCGGUAUCCCGGGUUACUGACUGAGACCUGGCCGGUAUCCCGGGUUACUGACUGAGACCUGGCCGGUAUCCCGGGUUACUGACUGAGACACGGCCGGUAUCCCGGGUUACUGACUGAGACCUGGCCGGUAUCCCGGGUUACUGACUGAGACCUGGCCGGUAUCCCGGGUUACUGACUGAGACCUGGCCGGUAUCCCGGGUUACUGACUGAGACCUGGCCGGUAUCCCGGGUUACUGACUGAGACCUGGCCGGUAUCCCGGGUUACUGACUGAGACCUGGCCGGUAUCCCGGGUUACUGACUGAGACCUGGCCGGUAUCCCGGGUUACUGACUGAGACCCGGCCGGUAUCCCGGGUUACUGACUGAGACCUGGCCGGUAUCCCGGGUUACUGACUGAGACCUGGCCGGUAUCCCGGGUUACUGACUGAGACACGGCCGGUAUCCCGGGUUACUGACUGAGACCUGGCCGGUAUCCCGGGUUACUGACUGAGACCUGGCCGGUAUCCCGGGUUACUGACUGAGACCUGGCCGGUAUCCCGGGUUACUGACUGAGACGUGGCCGGUAUCCCGGGUUACUGACUGAGACCUGCCCGGUAUCCCGGGUUACUGACUGAGACGCGGCCGGUAUCCCGGGUUACUGACUGAGACCUGGCCGGUAUCCCGGGUUACUGACUGAGACGCGGCCGCUAUCCUGGGUUACUGACUGAGACUCGGCCGGUAUCCCGGGUUACUGACUGAGACACGGCCGCUAUCCCGGGUUACUGACUGAGACUCGGCCGCUAUCCCGGGUUACUGACUGAGACUCUGCCGGUAUCCCGGGUUACUGACUGAGACACGGCCGGUAUCCCGGGUUACUGACUGAGCCACGGCCGGUAUCCCGGGUUACUGACUGAGACUCGGCCGCUAUCCCGGGUUACUGACUGAGACUCGGCCGCUAUCCCGGGAUACUGACUGAGACACGGCCGCUAUCCCGGGUUACUGACUGAGACACGGCCGGUCUCCCGGGUGACUGACUGGGAGCAGGGGGAGACGCGGCCGGUCUCCCGGGUGGCUGACUGGGAGCAGGGGAAGACGUGGCCGGUCUCCCGGGUUACUCACUGGGAGCCGGUGGAGACAUGGCCGGUCUCCUGGGUUACUUACUGAUUUGAGGGUCAGGGCUGAGGGAGACUUGGCUGGUCUCCUGGAUUACUGACUGAGUUUUCCCUGAGGGGCAGAUCACAUACCUGCCAUUCUCACUAACACAUUCUUCUGCCUUACAGGGAACUCUCUAUACUGGGAAAGAGCACAAUAGCUGAACAAAACCUACAUCUAACCUGUGCUUUAUUUUUUUUAAUGCAUUCAAUAAGUCCAUUAACCCUUGUAGUGCCUGGUGCGCAGGCUUAUCCCAUUCCUUUACAGUAGCUCAAGGCAUCAUAGGUCGACUAUGUUACACUACCAGAGUAAUGGCAAUUCUGCUUUAAAUUUCCCUUACUAUGUUUAAACAUCUUCAUUAGACUGUUCCGAGUGGCAGGACCUCAGACAUUCGCUUAAAUCAGCAUUAUUCUUAUAGACCUAUAAAGUUCCUCGCUGCCACAAAUUUACUUUUAAAAUAUAAUUUAAUUUAUCACUCGGAGGAGCAAGUCAAUAAAUACAUUUAUUUAAAUUGGGAACUUAAGGCAUUCUUUGCUGUCAUCACUGUAAAAAAAAAUAUAUAUAUGUGUGUGUGUGGUAAAAUCACACAAAAACUUAUUUGAAAGCGUUCAUCUAUCGCGAAAAGUACAACAACCAUUUCUAAAGAAUUUCACAAUUCUAUAACUCUUUCGAACUAAUCAUAACUCCCUUCUUGUGCAGUUUAUUUGCGGAGAAGGAGUACUGUAAUAACGGAUUCUCAUCGGACUUGUUGAGAGCAACGAUAUCACCAAUCCCAAAACCAGGAAAGUACCCUUGUUAUAUAAGUAGUUAUCGCCUGAUCCCAAUAAUAAACCAAGAUAUAAACAUUUUUCUAAAAUUAUGGUUGAUAGACUUAGCUUAUUCCUGAUUUAAUUCAUAUAGACCAAACAGGAUUUAUAAGAUCGAAAUCGGCCGGCGGCAACGUUCGAAAGAUCCUACAUUUAAUGAUAGAAGUUAAUAAUGAACAUAUUCCUUCUGCUUUAAUUGCUGUUGAUGCUGAAAAGGCAUUCGACAGAGUAAAUUGGAAUUUUUUUGUCAGCAACCCUUUCUGCUUUUGGUAUAGAGGGAAAAUUUAAAGACCUAACACUAUCAUUAUAUUCUACUCCUUUAGCGAAAGUGUAUGGCAAUGGCCUAAAUUCUACUUUUUUUUUUUUUAUUUGGUAUGGCACUCGACAAGGCUGUCCAUUAGCACCCCUCCUUUAUAUUUUAUCCAUUGUGUCUCUUGCAGCUUUUGUCAGAUUAUCAAGUAAUAUUUCAGGUGUCAUUUUAGCAAGCCAAUAACAGAAAAUAACAUAUUUGCCGAUUUAUGUAAUUUUGACCUUGAUUAAUCUAGAAAUGUCUAUUCCAGCAGUAAUGAGCUGUAUAGAGGAAUUCAGCUCCCUCUCCAACUAUAAAAUUAAUAUACAUAAGACCCAGUUAUUUAUAACAAACAUUCACAGGUUGAAUCUUUAUCAAAAAACUCUAGAUUUAAUUGGUCUAAUGAUUCUAUCUUAUAUCUCGGAAUUAAGAUAAAUUUUAACAAUAGUUCUUGCCUUCAGGAAAACUAUAAUGAACUGCUCCAAGAGCUUAAAGAGCUGACAGAUAAAUGGAGUAAAAUACAGCUCUCCUGGCUUGGGAGGAUAAAUACUCUCAGAUCCUAUUUACUCCCAAAGUUAGAAUAUCUUUUUUUGGAGAAUACCUCCUAGAGUCCUGAUAAUAAUUUUGAGAUUAUUUCAUAGACUAUUGGUAUCAUACGUUUGGGGGAGCAAAAAAACUUGAAUUGCCCUUGCAACCAUGAGAACUAGAACAUCAGAGGGGGGGGUUAUCCUUUCCCAAUGUUUUUCUUAUUCACGACACUGUUUGUUUUCACAUUUUCUUGAAUGGGGAAACUAUUAUUCUUUUAUGAAACGUGUGUGUGUGUGUGUAAGAUGUGUGGAUUUGAUCCUUUCCACCUUUUUUGGAUAGAUAAAAACCAUAUAUAGAAAUUUGAGGAUUGACAACUUAGUUCUAAAUCAAGUCUUUUACUCCGUAGAGUGUAGAAUAUUGCAUAUUCUAUGUUUCUAUUGAUUAUAUGUGGAUGUGUGGAUUGACAUAACUAACAGAUGGUCUAAGUCCCAUGACUUUCUUUGUCUGAGAGCUCCGGAAUGUGGAUUUGGGGGUCUUGUCCUUAUAUGGCUAGAGUUAAACUCUGACGUCAGUAUAGGCACAUCUAUAGAGUAACAGAGGGACACGGGCUCUCUCUCGAUGUAAGGAUGUAACUCUCCCGUCAGAAGUCCAGCAAUUACCAUCUGCUGUUGAAUGUCCAUUAUCCUGUAACAUCCUUUGUUGUUUUAUUAUGUAUCAGUAACUAAGAAUAAACCUGAAGAAACCGUAAAUCAGGUUGCGUAGUACGUCUUUUCAUUGAUAUAGACCUAUAUUAAUGUGGCGAGCAAAUUUGGCCCAAGACACUAUAUAUAAUAUAUAUAUAUUAUAUAAAUAUAUCACACACACACAAAAGAUGUAUAUAUCAGUCAACAGAAGAGAAGAAGAAAUUAAGAAGAUUUAACGUUGACGAUCGAUUCCAACCAGAUUUUACAAGAGCCAAUAAAGAAGGUAUUUUUUCAGACAAGCAACUUUCUAAGCAUACCCCAUUGAAAGCUUUGAAAUUAUUUAUUCAAAAUAUGAAUCUGAGAGGUUGAUCAGACGCAGGAUUAAUAAGAAUAAAAGAUUUAUUAUGCUGGUAAAAUGCAAGUUUUUAGAUCUACAAAUGAGAUCAAAUCUUGAUGAUAAAGAAUUAUAUACAUAUAUAGGAAUAGAAGAUUUGUGCUGUGAAAAAAAAUACAACUUUUACAGUGAAAAAUGUAACAAUAACAAAAUUAUACCUAUAAACACAUAAGCGUUUAAUAAGAAUAGUGUUAAAGAGCUUUGUGGCCCCCUUCAGCUCUUUUGCUUAGUGGCUGUAUAGCUUGCGCAUGCACAGUGGCAGCCAUUGGCAUCUGUUGUACACCUGGUCAGCUGACCCAUGGUGGAUGUUGAUAGAUGCUAAUCGAAACUCCACAGAUAAGGCAAAGUAGUUCAGAUUUUGUAUUAUGAACACUGUCGAGCAUGUUGGAGUUUCAGUUUUUCAUUAACAUUCUGUGUCCUUGCCUAUAUAGAGUUAAAAAGUGAAUUAAAUGCUUUUGUUGUCAAGUUCCUAAACACUUCUUUGAAAGGAUAAUACAUAUUUUGUCAAAUCAGUUACUAAAUGAACAUUUGGAUGUAAAAUAAAUGUUAUGUUUUGACAUAAAACCAAGGGACGUGCCCAGCGGAUCUAGGCUAGAUAACCACUCCACCAAGUUGUGUGAUAUGUUACCUGAAGUGCCCCUUUAAAUUUCGCCAAGAUUGAACUUUAGGACAAACAUUGUCCAUGGACCUUUACAGUCCCAAAGGUAUAUAUGAUAAAACCGUGGAAAGUGGGAGGCUUUCUGAUUGAGCUGAUAUGUGGUGUUAAAUCAGUUAGUGUUUUACUGACUAAUCGCUCUUUUCUCAUAGGAUAAAGUGACAGCAAUGCAGCUGAAAUGGAACCUAUUUGUCACAUGUCACUUCUUCUAAACAGUCACUGGUUUUCAUUUUUUGGACGUCCCUAUGCUCAACGAACGGUGUGACUAAGUGGUAUUACAUCUAAACAAGUGUCUAUAUAACCGCUGAGGUCUCCUUCUCUCUCGGACGCUACAUUCUGUCCUAGCAAUGGGCACUCAAAGUUGAAGGUAGAUACUUUUAUCAGGGAAUAAUGGCAGAGCCCCGACGGGUGCAGCUAGCUUGCCUUUCUCCAGUUACUACCCUGCAUCCCCCUCCUUCCAAGAAACCUCGGACCGAUGAACCCGAGUCUGAGACCCCAGUGGCUGCCACUGUCCGAAUUGCUCUGUCGUUGUUUGAACCAGAUCAGAAGAGGUGCCCAGAGUUUUGUUACCCAGAACUAGUGAGGAACCUCGGUGAGAGGGGCAGUAAAGUCUCAUCAUCCGAAAAGGUGAGUCUUUUUAAGGUCUUAUUGAUCAUUGCAUAAUGUUUGUUCUGUAUUGCCGUAAUGCUUAGCGUUUAUCCUUAAUUGUAAUUCUAGAAAAAGGAAAAUAUACCCAACAAUGCCAAAAAUUCUUCAAAUACAAAAUUCAGUAAAUUGUAUGUUCUUCAUUAAUGUUUGUUUUUGUUUGUUUGCUUUUUUAUGGUUGAAUCUUUUUAUUGUAGUUUAUCACAUUACCACUCCCCAAAAACAGGAAAAAAAAUGUAAAAUCAUUUUAGGCUAAUUUCCAUGUUAAACGCACAUUUUAAACCUUGCAAUAACAUUGCUAUUGUUUCCCACUUCUCCAAAAAGAUCCAUGAUUUGUAAAGUCCUCUGUAAUGCUUGAAAAGUUUUGAAAUGUCUGUAGGUUGCAUGGAAGGCUUUUGUCUGACCUACCUGUGCUGGUAUGUCAGGUGUUGUACAAAAAUUAGAUAUCUUUACUGUGUUGGCAUCCCUAAAUCCUAAUUUUAUCAUUUGGCUCCUUGUCCGCUCAGCAUAGAAUGAAAUAAUACUAGAAAAAGGAGAUUGCUCUCUGUCUUUAGCCCGUAUCUAUAUAAAUGAUCUCCUAUUCAGACAUCGCUGGAAUUAAGCUAUGAAAACGAUCCUAUAUUACUGUCUCUCUGCUUUAUCAUUGUCUGUUUACCUACGGAACUUAAAUUUAUCCUCCAUAACAGACUUUCCCUUUAUGGCUAAUCCAAGGCUGUUUAUUCACUAAACUCCAAAUAUUAGUGAAUUGAAACUCCAGUUUUUCCCUUCACUGCAGUUUGCCGUUUUGUGAAUAAAUCCUAAGGUCUUCACUGUUCAGCUGCGAUGGCCAUCACUUACAUUGACACAAGAAAUGUAGGUAUGUUUAGUUUUGGGAGAGGGGGGGGGGGAUUGACACCUAAGAACCAAUCUUGUGGAUGACUGGUUUAUAGAUAUAUUCUAUACAUUGCUGGCACAUGUCCAGAUUAAAAGAUAAAGAAUUACACUCUGCACCGCAUGGCACUCUGAGCUGGAUGGAAUGGCUGUAGAGGCUGCCGUCCCAUACAACAUGAUCGAAAUUCCAUAAAUUAUAGUGUGCAGGUGCAUUGUGGGAACCUGCAGUAUCCUUUGGAGGCCGGUGGUUGCUAGAGCAGGAGCUCGGGGGCAACCUUAUAUUGAAUUUUUACUACUUUACGAGUAGCAUAACCGUGAUGUCCUGAAGGUCAAAAUAGGAAAUAACUCUUCUAUAUAUUUGCUAGUACAAUACACACAAUACAAAAUAUGACACGUCGGGCAUUACAGGAGCAUCUUAAAAUAUGUAUAUGUGUGUGUGUUAUUGUUUAGUAACUUUACAUGCAUACCAGAGACCAGAGGUAUUUUGGGAAUUCUCCUCUCCAUAGCAACCGAUACCCCAGGGAGAUGUAUAAAUAAUAAAGCUUUCUCUGCUGCCCAGUGCACUUUAUUUGGUCAUAUUAUUGCCUUAGUGCUUGUACUCUGGAUAAGGAAAUGCGGAAGGGGCACAAUUGCAUCUCCUUAUGUUAUUAUCUUAAUGUUGUCUUUUUUUGCAACUAUUAUUAUUAUAUAAUAUCCGAUAAAUACAUAUACAGGACGGUGUCGUGUUGUAAAAUAGGUUUAAAAAACAGAUCUAUAUCUUCUGCAUCUGAAUUCUAAUUAUUGUUUAAGAUUGUGUCUAUUUUGGAAUGGCUCAUCAAAUUUUCUGGCACCUUUGACUUUAAAAUUAAGCAGAUAUUUUGUACAUAAAUCACAUUUUUCUCUUGCUGAAAACACAUGCAUACUCAGUGCUUGGCAAAAAAUAAGGCCAAUUGGACUAUUCUUGGCAUUACAGAUAUCUCCCCAAUUACGUUCCCUUUUCACUUUCCCCACUGACUUUCUCUGUAAUUUAGAAAACAGAGAGAAGCAGUGACACAGGUGCAGGCCGAGAACUCAUGUAUCCCAAGUGGAACACAUGAGAAAUAACAGUGUAUGUUAUUUAUCGACAGAAACCUCAGAACUGCUAUCGCACAGCUUUUGGAGAGUGCAAAGUAAGCCCUGGGCAAUGUGCCAUAGUCCCCCCUAGGUGCUUUGAGCUCAUUCUAACCGCAUGGCUGUUGUCACAGGCCAUCAGCAGUAGCAUUCAAUAUAAAGCUUGGUAGAGAUUGUAAAAAUCCGCUUGUUAGCAAUCAGUCUUCACCGCUAAUAAACUCACAUUUAUUCCAGCGCCCCACUGAUCUUCUGUCGCUCACCCCUUUAGCUGAGAUAAUCAGAAUUGACUAUCUCAGCCAAUCCAAUGCUUUCCCAUAGGAUAAUGCUGCACUACACCAAUCAGGAUCUCCUCAUUGAGGUGCAUUGAAUCUCUGAAAAGCCUGUUUACUUUAAAAUGCCGGUAAGGACAGGACACCAGAACAACAACAUUAAGCUGUAUUGUUCUGGUGACUGUAGUAUCUAUCCUUAAAUCACGUUUGUUUCUGUCCUUGCAGCCUGAGCCACUCUCCUGGUUGGGGCUCUCACAGUCUGCAUUAAAAAAUAUUUUCACUUUCAAUCAAAUGUUAGCUCUGGAAAUUGAACUUUAAAGGAAUACUAUAUUCACAAAAACAACCUCCGCUUAAUGAAGCAUUCCUUGUGUUAAAUCACUUUUGUUUCUGUUUAUGCAGCCCUAGCCACACCUUCCCUGGCUGUGACUGACACAGCCUGCAUGAAAACAUAAUGGUUGCACUUUCAAUCAGAUGUAACUUACUUUAAAAGUUUCUAUUUCCUGCUCUGUAAAUUGAAUUUUAAUUGCAUACCGGAGGCUUCUGCAGGGUCUAGCAAACUAUUAACCCUAUGAGAUAAAAAAAUGCUAAAUUAAGCAGAAUUUGCAAUAAAGGAAGUGUAAACAUUAGAUGACUCUUUACAGCAAAUGUUUGGGAACACUGUGUAAGUCACAUCUAGGGGAGGUGUGAAUAGGGCUGCAUAAACAAAGUAAUUUAACUCCUAAAUGGCAGAUAACUGAGCAGUUAUACUGCAGGGACAUGAUCUAUACACCAAACCUGCUUUAUUGAGCUAACAUUGUUUUGGUGGCUAGUGUCCUUUUAAUCGCACACCAAGGGUCCUGCAGGUUCUAGAAGGUUAUUAACAGAGUAUGAGAUGAGAAAUUCUAGAUUCAUUUCUGAAGUUUGAACAUUAAAUCUGUCUUUACAGGAAGUGUUUAGGAAGGCUGUGUGAGUCACAUUAGCGCCAGCAAAUUCCUUAGCGCUGUCCAAAGUGAUUUAAUGCCUAAAUGGCACGAAAUUUAGCUGUUAGACUGCAGGGCAUGAUUUUUACAGCUUCAUUAAGUUGUUUUGGUGAAUAUAGUGUCCCGUUAAGUCUACAAAUAUGAAGUCUGCAGGUGGCUUUACAAAUAUAUUAUUAGAACACACAGCAUACUCGGAAUUGUUUGAUUAUACAGAGUUGUUUGCAGGGAGGGCCAUACGUAAAAGGAGAUUUCCAUUCUCCCGUAACUUGUAGGCUUACACUUGACUGAUAGUGUAAGACUUUACUUGAUACUGUGCUGUAUAUUAAUACUCUGUCUCUUUGUAAAUCAAGACUAGCUGAACUUAUCAAACUCUGUUCUCUGUCUUCUCGGACCAAAAAGAAAUCUGCAAAUAUUUUUGACGAUGAAGAGGCGCAGAAGAAAGAGAUUGCAAACAUUGCAAAGAAAUUUGAGGAAAAAUAUGUAAGUGUCUAACAAUGCAGACUUCCCCAUCACAAAUUGUCUGAAUGUGAUAUUUAAUCCAUUGCACCUUUUACAGUCACUUAAGUAUUGAAUGUAGAUUGUGAGGCACUAAAUUAACAUUUUACCAAUGAAUCCUGAACAGACCCCUCUUACAAAACCUCCUUAUGUGUGAAUUUAUAUAGUAUAACCCUACAUUUCAGAAAGAACAUUAUAUCUGUAUGUAGCACUUGGAUUGGCCCACCGAUUUCAUGUUUAAAUUUUACCUUUAAAAUGUUGAGCUUCACUAUAGCAACACUGCUGCUUUUAUAAUGCCUGCUUUCAAAUCAAACUGGUGAGGAGGGGGGCCAGUCUUGUACAACCCUCUGGGAUGCUGUGGAUUCUUAUUCCCAUCACUCUCAGAUGGCUGGGAAUGAUAAGCAUUGAAGUUUGCAGCAUUUGGUGUGCAGGUACCUACUGACCCUAUUGCAGAAUUUCAUGUCGCUGUCUAUUUAUGCUGCUUUUAUAAGCCUUGCGACAUUGCUCAGACAACAUUGGAACAUUUCAGGCAAAACCUCUUGAAUUUAUAUUUUAUACACAACUGUAUUCAACGGUUGGCUUUAAAUCAGUCAAGUAUAGGACACCAUGUAGCGUUUUGCUACUACAUUACUUCAUAUAUAGGUUUUAUCGUGAUGUGUGUUGAUUAAAGAUAUUUGCAAAACUAUAUAUGUCAAGGGGUGCAUUUAUUUAUUCAAUUUAGAUUUUUAACCAUAUCAUGAAUAAAUGCUUCUCGCACAUAAAACACCGUAUUGCGUGAGGUCGUACUUGUAUACGUAAUCUUUCAUUACCUGUAGAUGUAAACCUAAAGAGUUAAAUAUGAAAAAAGCUAAAACAAACACUGGUGCCUUGUUUGUGAUGAGCAUAAGCCAGAAAGUGAUAGUUUGCUUAUUGCGCGUUGGACCAUACUGCGUUUCACAGACUUUUAGCUACGUUGCCUUCUUGGCUCCUGAUAUGGUGAGAGAUGUUUAUUUGGGAAUAUCUCUGGCACAGAGGAGAGUUUACUCCCUGUGUCUGUUGUCUGUAAUUGUACAAGGAGAAGGGACCCGAAGGAGGAUUACAUUACCGCAAAGAAGCUCCCAUGACACUUCUCAAACAGAACCUCUACAUGGUGGGUAUAUAGUUCCAUCAGGGAAAAUAAAAUGGUAUUAAAUGAAAUAUUUCAGGUCUCCUUGUUAUCACAGUCACAAUGUGUUGUUUCCCAAGAGGUUAAACGGAUCUCUAAGAACAUUAUUGACUAAAUGGGGAGUUCUGGAGAAAUAACACGUACAUUGCAAAUUUCACCCAAAAAUAGCUUUAAAAAAAAUUCCUUUUUUUUUACUGUUUAUGGUUUAGCAAAAACCCUUUAAAAAAAAAAAAAAACACACCUUAAUUUGUGUAAUUGAUAGAGGCACUGGCUUUUGUUUUUUUUAAAAUUUAUUAUGGUAUCACUGGGGAUCAAACCGAUCUCCAUGUCUGCCAUGACAGGCUAGCAAAAUAUGUGAAAAAAUUGUGUUUUAUAGCGCAGCCCAUUGCUAAUGAUUAGUUAGCUAUUAGGUUUUUGCGAUAGGGCAUUAUGUUGAGUGCGCAGUCACUAUCUAAAUUAUCUUAAAAUGACUUUUAAUGCAUUACAGCUGUCAGAUUUCAUAAAAUGUUACAAAUAAAUGUGUUUUCUUCUUCUUACACUGUUAAAAGCAGAAAAUCCAUUAAAACAAAGGCUGGGAGGGAAUCUGCUAUUAUGUUGGCAUAGUACGUCAAAAUGAUACAGUGUUUAAGUGAAAGAAAGAAAAAUAGAUUUACUUAAAUAUUUGUGAGAUUCAGUAAGAAUGAUUUUAAAAUCUAACAUCAAUAUUGCCCUAAAACUAUUCUACAUUAAUUCAGAAUGUGCUUAAAAUUAAACCCAUUUUAUUCAUUUAUUACUUUGUUGCUUUUACAUUUAAUCUGAAGAUUACUUUGCCUCUUCAAGAUGGAUGCCACAUAUAGAAUGAUGGUGUCUGUGAUUCUAUCUGUCUUCCCUCAAAUUAUUUGCAGUAUAUCCCAAAAUGCAUUGCUUGGUAUAGCAUGCUUGCACUGUCAAAUAGCACGUGCAUUGUUUAGCAGCUGUCUGACAGGGCUAUGUGUUUGAUUUGUCAUCCAUUAGGGUACUGACUGUGCUGCAGACGUGUAUCGUUACUGUGGGAUGCUGUUAUAUUUGUCUUGAGUUAUACUCUGCUUGGCAUGAACACUUUCAAGUCUCAGUGGGAAAAAACGGGGAGCCUCUGCAUGGUCGUGUGACUGCAGAUGUGCUUUGUAAGGACAUGUCCUGUCUGUGUUGCAGGGUAGCAAGAAGAGACGUAGGGACCGCAUGCAGGACCUGAUCGAUAUGGGCUAUGGUUAUGACGAGUCAGAUUCCUUUAUUGACAACUCUGAAGCGGUAAGUGCCGAUAGCAGGAUAGUUCCCUCCCUUGCUGAUGAAGUUUGAAGUGUCCCAAAAAAUUUCUUAAACAGGCUAUAUGACUCAAUACGGUGGCUUCUGUGUUAGGUCAAUUACACUUAUUGCCUUACUCGGUCUCGUCUGAUUAUAUUUAUUAAAGGGUUAUUCCAAGCACCAUUUUAGUGAUUGAAGUGGUGAUGGUGCCUGGAGUCUGUAUGUGUAACGUUUCACAUACAGAGUUUACGUUUUUUGCUGCCGGAGGCGUAACUCUGCCUCCUGCAGCAUUAUUGGAACAUUAGGUAACCUAGAACAAGCAGAAUAAUUAGCUGGUUAACGUCUAUUCUGUGCAAAUUGUCAUGCAUAGUGUGCCAUUUAUUGGCUCAGACUGGCCAGCCGAUGUUCUCAGCCAAUAAAUGUGACUUGAUUGCAUCUGCAGAAGCUUGUCUGCACAGGAGCUAAGAGCCUUGGAGCUCGAUGGGAACCCAGGUAAGCAGCUAUUGCUACACAGCUUGCCCCAUUACCGGGUAACCGGGUGCAUCAUAACCACUACAGCAGACUUCAGUAGGUAUGAUGGUUGGAAUACACCUUUAACAUUUUUUAUUGUAUAGUAUUUAUUUUAUAUGUAAUAAUUAGGUUUGUUCCGUAAGCCGAACAUUUCUGCCCCAUCCUCCCAGUCUGUAAUCGUCACCUUUUUCUCCAGAAACACAGUUGUGCAUGAUGGCAUGAGUUUGCAGUUGUAGUUCAUUGUUUGGUUUUUACAGAAGAACUCUGAUAAAUGAAUUAAAAUUUCUAGCAACCCUCGCAGAGCAUCAUGGACGUUCUAAAGCAACUGGGCAUUUUUUUUUUGGGCGCCCUUCCCUGAUUUACGUAAAGUGUCAAGUAUUUUACCUCAAAUGCAUUAAAUGAGUCCUGGUACUUCCUUUCCGGGAUCUCCACCUGGUCUACUAAUGUUUUAAAGACAAUCAGAAAUUCUGACCGUCAAGGUUUGUGAAGACCGUUUACUGAUUCAAGUCCCGUUUCUCUCCUUUCAGUAUGAUGAACUGGUGCCGGCGUCUCUGAGCACCAAAUAUGGAGGUUUUUACAUCAAUUCUGGGACCCUGCAGUUCAGGCAAGCCUCUGAAUCUGAAGAUGACUUAGUCCAAGAGAAGAAGAAGUCCUCCAAGGUAGGUUUCUCUUCAACCACAUCUUGUGCUUAGGGCAGAGGAAGAAGAUAAUACUUUGUCAGUGCAGCUUAUUUUAGGAAGUAAGUGGUUUUCUUGGUGCCCAGUAAUUUUUAACUCCUGGGUUGAGACCUGUGUUUAGUUACACAGACUGGUUUCAAUGAGUCUCAAUCCUUUUUACCAGGACCCAUCGAUAGAGCUGUAUUUCCCAGUGCAGCUGAGAGCCCAUUGUCACUGGAGUGGGUUCAGUGAGGUUGUUUUUCAUAGUUUUGUUUGUUAUAUACUAUAGACUGAGUCAGGUUAAUUCUCUGUCUGUGCUGUUACUUCUUUUAUUAUAACUGUGUAAAAGCAUGGGCAAGGUUAUCACACAGAGCAGUGUAAUAGGAUUGAUAAGAGCUACGGAGUCUGAUGGCGCUAUAUAAAUAAUAAGAGGGGCACCACCCCUGCUUGUCAGACUAUUAAAGCGGAAUUUAAUCUUCUUCGAUAGCCGUAAUCAUUUCUUCCAUGUUUUUAUUGUGUAAGUCUAUCAGCUGACUCGUUCAGCCAAGGAAUGGAUUCAAAAUAUGGAUGAACCUAAUGGUAAUGUGUCUGUUUCUCUGCCAGUAGCUGAGUGGGGGGUCAUGCCACAGAUGCCUCAAAGACCCCCAGAUUUUGUUGUAACUGAUCGUAUCACAUAUUUAGAUGUGUAGCGUCUCUUCGGUUUCUUCACGCUAAGAACUAAUUAUAUUUGAUAAUUUAAAAAUGUAUCCCUCUUAAUUUAAAACAAAGGGCUGCACUAACUAUUAUUAAUUGGUAGAGAAUUAUGGGAAACGUAGUCUAACAUCUAGGGCUGACACUGGACACUAGAGCAUUGGGGUUCUUACAAGGAACAUUGGGGUUUUACCAGACUGUGUGAUCUGUUUUCUUUGCUUGAUUUCCAUGUCAUGCCUGCUGUUAUCCAACAGAAAAUCAAAGAAAAAGGAGAAAAACUGAAGAAGAAAAAAAGGGAAGAGGAAAAAAAGUCGAAAAAAAAUAAAUAUGCAAAAACUGGGUAAGAUGGCAGUUUCUGUAAAUGUGAAAUGUUCCCUGUUAAUAUAUUAUUGAAAGUUGCUAGGCUCAUCUCUUAGAACUUGAAGGAAACGCCUGCUAUCAUCUGCAGACGAUUUAUAAAACCAUGCUAUAGAAACGCACUUGGUGCUACUCGGAUUUGGGUCGAUAUUUCCGGUCCAAGGUGCAGUUAAUGCAGUUUGGUUUGAGCCACAUGUCUCUCACCUUUGAUGAAGGGCCGAAAGUAGAAGUUGUUUUGUGACAGGGUCAAUGAAAUGGCUCGAUCCGAGCAUCACUAGAUAACUCGCUGGAUUUCAGUGUGUGUAGGAAAGCUUUCAGGGUCUGGUAUGGAAUACAAUUUCCCUAAAAAUCAGCAAUGCUGCUAAAUAACUGGUACGUGUACGCGGAUUGAUGGAGCUCCAGGCAUUAACUUUUUAUUAUUAUUAUUUUAUUUAUUUUUUUUUGUUACAUUUGAAAGCUGCAUUUCAAGUGGCUGCUCGGUAUUUUCAGACAAUCUGAAAGAAUGUUUGGUAGUACAAUUUACAGCCUGUGAUCAGACAAUCAGAAAACAGGGUUUAGGCGUUCACUAAAAUAAUCAAAUAAAGGGCAGCAGUGAACCAACAGGACUUCCCAAUACCUGCUUAAGGUGACCAAAAGAAAAACGGUGGUAAACCGCACCAAAAGAUGCUCAAAGUGAAUACCAAAAAAAAUGCAUGUUGAGCAUCUUUUGGCGCGGUUUACCACCCUGUUUUUCUUUUACUUGUGAUCAAAGAAUGUCCAGUGAAGAACUGUUAUGAUAUGCAACAGUAAAUAUAAACAUGGGCAGUUUUUACAAAUGGGCCACAUAAUUAUGAAUGUCUAUAAAAAUCUAUAUAUAUAUACAGGGAGUGCAGAAUUAUUAGGCAAAUUAGUAUUUUGACCACAUCAUCCUCUUUAUGCAUGUUGUCUUACUCCAAGCUGUAUAGGCUCAAAAGCCUACUACCAAUUAAGCAUAUUAGGUGAUGUGCAUCUCUGUAAUGAGAAGGGGUGUGGUCUAAUGACAUCAACACCCUAUAUCAGGUGUGCAUAAUUAUUAGGCAACUUCCUUUCCUUUGGCAAAAUGGGUCAAAAGAAGGACUUGACAGGCUCAGAAAAGUCAAAAAUAGUGAGAUAUCUUGCAGAGGGAUGCAGCACUCUUAAAAUUGCAAAGCUUCUGAAGCGUGAUCAUCGAACAAUCAAGCGUUUCAUUCAAAAUAGUCAACAGGGUCGCAAGAAGCGUGUGGAAAAACCAAGGCGCAAAAUAACUGCCCAUGAACUGAGAAAAGUCAAGCGUGCAGCUGCCACGAUGCCACUUGCCACCAGUUUGGCCAUAUUUCAGAGCUGCAACAUCACUGGAGUGCCCAAAAGCACAAGGUGUGCAAUACUCAGAGACAUGGCCAAGGUAAGAAAGGCUGAAAGACGACCACCACUGAACAAGACACACAAGCUGAAACGUCAAGACUGGGCAAAGAAAUAUCUCAAGACUGAUUUUUCUAAGGUUUUAUGGACUGAUGAAAUGAGAGUGAGUCUUGAUGGGCCAGAUGGAUGGGCCCGUGGCUGGAUUGGUAAAGGGCAGAGAGCUCCAGUCCGACUCAGACGCCAGCAAGGUGGAGGUGGAGUACUGGUUUGGGCUGGUAUCAUCAAAGAUGAGCUUGUGGGGCCUUUUCGGGUUGAGGAUGGAGUCAAGCUCAACUCCCAGUCCUACUGCCAGUUCCUGGAAGACACCUUCUUCAAGCAGUGGUACAGGAAGAAGUCUGCAUCCUUCAAGAAAAACAUGAUUUUCAUGCAGGACAAUGCUCCAUCACACGCGUCCAAGUACUCCACAGCGUGGCUGGCAAGAAAGGGUAUAAAAGAAGAAAAUCUAAUGACAUGGCCUCCUUGUUCACCUGAUCUGAACCCCAUUGAGAACCUGUGGUCCAUCAUCAAAUGUGAGAUUUACAAGGAGGGAAAACAGUACACCUCUCUGAACAGUGUCUGGGAGGCUGUGGUUGCUGCUGCACGCAAUGUUGAUGGUGAACAGAUCAAAACACUGACAGAAUCCAUGGAUGGCAGGCUUUUGAGUGUCCUUGCAAAGAAAGGUGGCUAUAUUGGUCACUGAUUUGUUUUUGUUUUGUUUUUGAAUGUCAGAAAUGUAUAUUUGUGAAUGUUGAGAUGUUAUAUUGGUUUCACUGGUAAUAAUAAAUAAUUGAAAUGGGUAUAUAUUUGUUUUUUGUUAAGUUGCCUAAUAAUUAUGCACAGUAAUAGUCACCUGCACACACAGAUAUCCCCCUAACAUAGCUAUAACUAAAAACAAACUAAAAACUACUUCCAAAAAUAUUCAGCUUUGAUAUUAAUGAGUUUUUUGGGUUCAUUGAGAACAUGGUUGUUGUUCAAUAAUAAAAUUAAUCCUCAAAAAUACAACUUGCCUAAUAAUUCUGCACUCCCUGUAUAUUUAUAUUAUUGUUGUUGUUGUUAAAUGUUGCAUUGUAACCCUUUCAAUUUUGAUGGUAUGAGCAUAUUAACUAAUUAUCGGAGAACUAAAGAUUGCUUUAUUUAACAGUGGGAAAGGCAAACUGUUCUAUGUCUGACUUUGUGUCCCGUUUAGAUUCACCGCUCUCAAUGGCACUAAAGACAAGAAGAAGAAGAGUCGCCCUGCAACGAUUAAUGAGAUGCUGGUGAGAUUCCAGAGAGAGAAAGAAGCCAAGAAGAAACCAUCAUCACCCGUCGUGGCCUCCACUCUGAAAUCCGCCCCCAGUGCACCGCCACCACCUCUUCCACCUACACCGCCCCAAGAGGCUGAGCCUGCCCCAGAUCCACUGCUGUCCAGCCUGUCCGAAGCAGAGCUGCUGCAAGUAGCCAACGCCAUAGAUUCCUUGAGCGAGAAGGACCUUGACAAAAUAUUCAAUAUCCCGCCAGAUAAACCGAACAAGGGGCAGGCAGCACCACCAAUUGAAGAGGAGUUUAAAAAGCCACCAUCCAUCCCUGAUGGGCUGCCGCCUCCACUAGAGAAGCGGAUCAAAGAGCUUACUAAGGUAUUUCCAGCAUGCAUUGCAGACCUGGCAUAGCCAACGUAUAGGCCCACAAACUAACAAAGCAUCCUUGUAAUUGUCACAACAUGCAGGCUGGCAUCUUGGAAAUUUAUUCUAGGCCUCGAGGCUGGCAAAGCGUUAUGGGUAUUACUGUUCCAAAUAGGCAAGCAAAGCAUCAUGGUAGUUUUUGUUCCAGGUAGGCCUGUUGGCUGGAAUUGUUAGAAGCAGCAUGGCCGCUGCUGCCUGCCACUGCAAAGGACCCUGUUCCAUUAGUUUUGCAAACUUGUAAUAUAUACUUAUAAUACCCCUUCCCCCAAAUAUUUCUGGUAAACAGUUGCCUGUUUGUGGCCAUUUCAGCAGCUGUUGUCAUUCUUGUUCCAGGGUAUCCGGGCGUCUGGGAGUGAUAAGAAAACGAUCCUUUUUACCCAGGAGAUGAACAGCGCUCUCCUAGAGUAAGUAUCUCCCUGUUUAUCAGUUUCCAGACAGACAGCGUGUGGGCGCUCAGCCUCACAAGGUCACUCUGACUGAACAAUCUCAGCGUACAGAUAGCACAUUGCUGUAGUACCGGAGGAUUGGAGGAAGGCAGUUCCUAUAUUCAAAAAGGGUUAAAAAUCCUUACCAGUGAGCUCAACUUCUGAGACUGGGAAAGUAUUUGAAAGGUUAUUAAGGGAUAAUAUUCAAGAAUUCAUUGAAUCGAACAUUAUCAGCAAAAGCCAGCAUGGUUAUAUGAAACACAGGUCAUGUCAAACUAACCUAAUUGCAUUCUUCGAAGAAGUAAGUAGAAGUAUAGAUCGGGUGUUGCAGUGGAUGUGAUCUACUUGGAUUUUUCCAAGGCGUUCAGUACAGUUCUUCUCAAUAGGUUUGUGUUCAAACUAAAAGAAAUUGGUCUAGAUGAAAAUUCUUGUUAUUGGGUAGAACAUUGCCUUAAAAAUAGGCGAUAGUGAGUUGUCAUUAAUAGAAAAUUUGCAAGCUUUACAAAAGUGGUAAGUGGUGUCCCUUUUAGGGUUCUGUUUUAGGAUCGCUUCUAUUCAACAUAUUUAUAAUUGAUCUUAAAAUCUUAGUUGAAAGUCAUGUUCCAGUGUUUUCAGAUGACACAAAACUCUAUAAAGUAAUAAAAUGUGAGCAGGACAUGGCUUUGCUGCAGAGGGAUUUAUGCACUUUGGGGUGAAGAAUGCACAAGCAACUUAUACCCUUAAUGGAAGCAAAUUGGGGAUAACAACACAAUAGGAGGAUUUGGGAAUUGUUAUAGACAACAAACUAGGCAACAAUGUGCAAUGUCAAUCAGCAGUAGCUAAGGCCAGUAAGGUUUUGUCAUGUAUAAAUAGGGGCAUUAAUUCUCAGGAUUAGAAUAUAAUGUUGCCCCUUUAUAAAUCUAUGGUAAGACCACACCUUGAAUAUGCUGUGCAAUUUUUGGCACCUGUUCUAAAGAAGGAUAUUAUGGCACUGGAAAAAGUCAGAUGGGCUACAAAAUUAAUAAAAGGAAUGGAACAUUUUAGCUAUGAAGAAAGGUUAACAAAUCUAAACCUAUUUAGUUUAGAAAAAGGGUGCCUCUGACUGGCUUUGAUAGCAUUAUACAAAAUUUUCUGAAGCCAAUACAAACCAUUGUCUGGAAAUCUAUUCAUAAACAGGACUAUAUAUAGGAAGAAAGCACUGGAAGAAAGUUUUAGAAUAUAAUAUUCAUGGAUAUAAUUUUUCAAUGUAGGGUAAUAGCUUCUUGAUCCAAGGAUAAAUGUGACUGCCAUUCUGGGUCAAGAAGGAAUUUUUCCCUAGUGUGUUGCCAAAUUGGAAGUGCUUCAAACUGGGUUUUUUGCCUUCUUUUGGAUCAACAUUGUUUGGAAAUCUAUUCAUAAACAAGACUAAAUAUAGGACAUGCUUUUAGACUGGAAGAAAGGAGAUUUAGUCUAAGGCAAAGGAAUUUUUUUUUUUUUUACUGUGAGAACAAUAAGGAUGUGGGAUUCUCAGCCCGAAGAGGUGGUUUUAUCAGAGUCUGUAUAGAUGUUUAAACGGCAACUACCGUAUAUACUCGAGUAUAAGACGGAUUUUUCGGCACAUUUUUAUGUGCUGAAAAACCCCCACUCGUCUUAUACUUGAGUGAGUGUCUGUAUUAUGGCAACUUACAUUGCCAUAAUACAGACAAGGACCGCCGGGCUCAUUACAAGCCCGGCGGUCCUGUUGGGGGUUGGCAGGAAGCGUUUACUUACCUUUCCUGCAACUCCUGUCAGCUCCCUUCUCUCUCCUCCGGUCCGGUCAGCUCCCCUGCAAGUCUCGCAAGAGUCGCGGGGUCAGAGCGUUGCCACUGGUUGCCGUGGCAACGCUCCGCGCGGCAGUCACAUCACGAGACUUACAGUGGAGCUGACCGGAUCGGAGGAGAGAGAAGGGAGCUGACAGGAGCUGCAGGAAAGGUAAGUAAACGCUUCCUGCCAGCCCCCUCCUACACAGUGCACACCACUGGACCACCAGGGAAUGAAAGCCCCCCUCUCUGGCCAGCUAACAAGCAGGGAGGGGGGACGAAAAAAAAUAACAUAAAAUUUAAAUUAAAUAAAAUAACAUAAAAAUAUUAAUAAUGUAAAAAAAAAAUAUUAAAAUAAUAAUGCCCACCCCCACCAAGGCUCUGCAUCACACACACUGCAUUCAUACACGCACACACUGCACUCAUAUAUACACACACACACACACACUGCACUGCACUCAUAUACACACACACACACACUGCACUCAUACACGCACACACACACACACACUGCAUUCAUUAUAUACACACACUGUAAAUAAAUAUUCAAUUAAUAUAAUUUUUUUGGGAAUCUAAUUUUAUUUAGAAAUUUACCAGUAGCUGCUGCAUUUCCCACCCUAGUCUUAUACUCGAGUCCAUACGUUUUCCCAGAUUUUUCGGGUAAAAUUAGGGGUCUCGAGUAUAUACGGUAGAUGAAUACUUGCCAAAACAUCAUAUUCAUGGAUAUAAUUUUUCUAUUGUAGGGUAAUAGCUUCUUGAUCCAAGGAUAAAUCUGACUGCCAUUCUGGGGUCAAGAAGGAUUUUUUCCUAGUUUGUUGCAAAAUUGGAAAUGCUUUAAAUUGGAUUAUUUGCCGCCUUUUGGAUCAACAGCAAAAAAACAAAUGUGAGGAAGGCUGAACUUGAUGGACACAUGUCUCUUUUCAGCCUAUGUAACUAUGUAGUUUAGAGAGCCAUUGCUGUGUUCCUCUUCUGUGCUUGUACCCAGAUUGUUUUUUUUAUGCACAUUCUUUCCUCUAACUGCACGAUUUGUUACCCCACUUCUUUCCUGCAGUAUUUACCUCUUAUCACGAGAUCUCAGCUCCUCGCUGCGCUCCUCGGUAUUCACCCACCUGUCCUCCAUUCUCCCCUGUAGUAAGGACACACUGGUAAAAUGGGCCAGUCGCCUUCAUCUGCACAAACAGGUGAGUUAUGGUAAUUUAGAUUACAUUUAACCCACCCAGUAUAACUAGCUGUAACCUCACCUACACAGUGCACCUAACGUGUGGGAGCCUGGAGUGUCCCUUUAAUAAUAUAAACCCAUCCAGUAUAACGAACUGUAACCUAACCUACACAGUGCAUCUGUGUGGGAGCCUGGAGUGUCCCUUUAAUAAUAUAAACCCACCCAGUAUAACUAACUGUAACCUAACCUACACAGUGCAUCUAACAUGUUUGGGGGCCUGUAGUGCCCCUUUAAUAAUAUAAACCCACACAGUAUAACUAACUGUAACCUAACCUACACAGUGCAUGUAACGUGUGUGGGAGCCUGGAGUGUCCCUUUAAUAAUAUAAACCCACGCAGUAUAACUAACUGUAACCUAACCUACACAGUGCAUGUAACGUGUGUGGGAGCCUGGAGUGUCCCUUUAAUAAUAUAAAUCCACCCAGUAUAACUAACUGUAACCUAACCUACACAGUGCAUCUAACAUGUUUGGGGGCCUGUAGUGCCCCUUUAAUAAUAUAAACCCACGCAGUAUAACUAACUGUAACCUAACCUACACAGUGCAUGUAACGUGUGUGGGAGCCUGGAGUGUCCCUUUAAUAAUAUAAACCCACGCAGUAUAACUAACUGUAACCUAACCUACACAGUGCAUCUAAUGUUUGUGGGAGCCUGGAGUGUCUCUUUAAUAUAAACCCAUGUAGUCUAAAUAUAAUCUACGUUACACAUUGCCUGUCAGAUCGGAUAAUAGGAACUGUGCCUUCAGGUUGUAUAUUAUGAAGAUAUUUGACGUUUGUCAAGCUCUGUUUGGCGAUUAAUUGCAAUGAUACCACCAGACCUUGUUUAGACCGGCUUUUCCCCCCCCCCCACUUCCCUUUGACAAGGUGUCUUGUGUACAAAUGUCUUAACCCAGAUCUUUCUCCUUCAAGGGCGGUCGGCUUCGGGAACCCCUGCGGAAAUUGAAAGAGGCUGUGGCAAAGGCCAUGCCGGAACAAAUCAACAAGUACCACGAGGAGUGCAAAGUCCACAAUGAGGCCAAGUAUGCCAAGUAAGUCAGGGCUGGCCUGUGGCACAUACAUAAGCUUCCAGUUCCAGCAGUGACAUAUACUUGGAACUCUGCUUCUCCAAGUCAUGAGUUUCCUCAAGCUCGAAAGCAGCUUCUAAUUCUGAUUUUGCUAGGAUUUCAGGCAUUUUUAAUGAUCAUGGGGAACAAUUUUUUAUUUUAUUUUUUUUUUACCGUAUUAUGAGCACGUCCUCUAGCUUCUCCCAGCUCUAGACCUCUGAUUUUCUGCAGGAAGUGAAGAGUGCAACACCAAACUACUUCUACAACCCAACUAAUAAAUACAAGUUAUUGUGAUUUCAGAUAUCUGCAGCUAUUUGAAGUGAUUAAAGUUUUACACAUAGAAUGUGGCUGUUACAUUCUAACACUGGAAACCUGUGCAGUGACCAUUAUCCUUUUUUACCUGUCCCUCACAGUAGUAAUAAGAUCUGCACAGUAAAGACAGAGUGGAGCACAUUGUGCAAAAUCCCAUAGAAUGGGCUGUCAGAGGUCCCCGUUAGUACUAAAAUUAAAUAGUCUCUCGGCUGAAAUUAACCCCAUAUUUUAUUCAUUAAAGGAAGCAAACACUAUCCAAAUACAGGAUUAAAAAUCUAUCUGCUGUCUCUCACUCCUCCAGAGGAAGAGGCUCAAAAUCCUACCUACUUAAAAUCACUUUCGGCCUUCUGUUUCCUGUUGGUUAACUUGGGGUUUCAUAGUAAGCAAGAUUCCUGGUGUAAAAUGCUGAUUCUAACUGUGAGCUAGACAUAGCUAGAAUUAAAGACCUAGCUAGAAUUAAUGUUUCAAUAAUCAUGGAACAAUGUUUUACACUUUCUUUUGAUAAAGGAUGUUGGAAGACGACAAGGAGAAGGAGCAGAAGGCAGGAUCAGAGGAAGAGGAAGAAGAGGAGAAAAGCAGCAAAAAGUCAGCCGGUCCUCGAAAGAAGUUCCAGUGGAACGACGAGAUCAGGUGAUGAGAUGGGGGAGCAGGUUACUGGGAAAGGUCAAUGAGCGGGGAGUCCAGUGGCAUUGCUUAGAUUUGGAGAUAUUGGAAAUGUCAGACAGGAAGCAAUCUAUAGAUUAAACGGACUCUCAACCAAAAUUAGCUAAACAACUCCUCCUAGCGCCACUGACUAAGUGGUUGAAUUGUAUGUGGUAUCUUUCUGAUUGUCCUUUAUAACCGCACAGAAAGGGUUACUAAGGUGGUGUUAAAACUGAACUGUCACUGCUUACAUCUUUGUGCAGCCCAAAAUAUAUUUAAACUGACCCAGAGGUUGUGCUUUUAUUUUUAUAAAAUUCUCCUUAGGUUUUUUGUUUUUCUCUACAUUGCAUGCCUAGCUGUUCGAUGUGCAAUAGGAACACACAACUGCUGCAGAAGUGAUAACAGAGUUACGGCAGUGAGAUUAAACUCUGUGUGUGAUUACAAACUGCUCCAGUUCUACGAUGCUGUCAGGCUGAAAAUUGGCCAACGGGGUUCUAAGGACAUUCAGCUUUGCAGUCACACAACAUUGUUGUGGUGCUUAGAAUGACCCAUUAAAUAAAUAAUGGUAGUAUUGUGGGGUUAGUAAUGCGUUACUGUCACCUCUCCCAUCUGUUAGGAACGACAUGUAGAUUUUUGCGUGUUGUCAUGCACCUCGCAGACUUUAACCAAAGUAGAAAGAUUCCAACCUUGUAAUUCACUUAGUAAAAGCGAGCAAGUUCUGUAUAGCUUGGGUUUAAGACUUACCAGGUGUCAGAGUACAAUAUAAACUGACGGACCUAAAUAUGUGAGUGCCUAGUUAACAUGGAGAUCAUCCCCACCCCCCAGUUUGUUUUAUUAUUAAUAAUAUAAUAAUCUACAAACAAAACAAAGUAGAAACCCACCUACAACAAACAUAGUGUUAGAGGAAUGGAGUAUUAAACACCAGAGGUAAAGAACAUGUCCAUAAGUGAAGAGAGGAUGCCAGGUAAGAUUGAUCAAACAGAGGGUGAAGAAGCAUGAUGAUCAUACUAGCUUUUAAUCACAAAGGGUUGAAUGUGGGAAGUUGGGUAUUUGGUUCUUAAAUGUGCGUGUAACAUUUUAAUCUGUGUGUUUUUAAUAAGGGAAGGGAUAAUCUAACCAUACUCUAUAUUCAUGAAAGCCCACAUCUCACACCCCAUCAUUGCCCCCCUGUGAUGUUUAUACAGGCAGCUGCUGUGCCAGCUGGUCCGUCUGAAGGUGGACAUGUUCGAGUCGGAGGGAAACAGCAUGCUGACUUUGGAAGAUUAUCUCAAAUCCUUCCUGGAUGUCGAGGUCAAACCCCUGUGGCCCAGAGGCUGGAUGCAGGCCCGGUAUGAAAUGCAAAAAGAGACAUGUUCCUGAUAUAAACGGGUUAAACCAUGCUGCAGAGGUAGUGCAAUAAGAUCUCUUACUGUGUUAAGGAGGAAUAUAGGCAGUAAUGUAAAUCUCAGCUCUGGAAGUGCAGCCUGGGAAAUUGCAGAAUUCAGUGACUGAUGCACUCACCAAUAGCAGGUCAGACAAGGCAGCCAAUAACAGGAUGGAUCUGAUAUUAACACACGAUGUGCUGUAUAGGAGUCUGCUGCUCUGCUUCAAUUUCAUAAUGGACAUGUUUACUCAAGGCUUGCAUUGUUUUUAUUACUGCUUACUUUCCUUCAAUUUUGUUGUGUUUUUGCAGAAAUAUACCAAUGUUGAGCAUGGUUCACCUUGAAUAUAUGAUGGUAUACGUGCUAUGAAAUUGAUUGUUGCCCUGGACCAUAUUUCCGUCCUAAUAUUGGCUAACAAGUCUGAUGAUCAGGCUCCAGCUCUUACCCAGUCACACUGUUCAGCAGAUUAGGCUCUGGCUUUACUUACUAUAGUAAUGAAUCUGGACCAUAAUCCAGUCCUUACUCACUUGUCAUCGCAUCUGGCUUUACUGGCAGUCAUUCAUCCUCACAUUGAGCACUUGUUGAGUUGCUCAGAAUAAUGUAUAGUGUUGUUUUUUUUGUAUUCUGAACCUAUGUUUCUUUCCCAGAACCCUAUUUAAAGAGACGAGACGUGUUUAUCCACAGCUCUCCUCCAUCAUGUGAGUAUAGAACAAUCUGCUGCUCAGUUGUGCUUACUCUAUUUACUACACACACACUCAUCCUUACUGACUCCCUCUAUUUCUGAGAUAAGCCUCUUGGACAAGAUAAAGAUGCUUUCUCUCCCCUUCAGAUCGGUUAUUUCAGCUAUCACAGGGGAUCCCAGCUUUGGUGUUUUUUAUUAAAACGCAUCUGUGAAAUUUAGGGGAUUAAUAAAGAUUUAGUCACAAAACACAAUACAGAGAGUUUUAUUGGCAUGGAGCUUUGUGAUACCCUCCUGCACACCAAACAGUACUGUGAGUUGUGCUUUGGAGCUCUGUGAUACACUCACACACUGCACAAUAAUAUGUGUUUUAUUGCUUUGGAGCCCUGUGCAUGUUAUAAUGACCGUAAUAGCCUUCUUAAUUUUGGAAUUAUUCAAAGGGAACUAACUAGUCCAUGCUUUGCCCAGGGACCACCUGAGCUUUAAUGUGUCCUUGGGGGAUAACAGAGAGAAUUACGGUAGGGAUAUGUUCCAAGUAGAGGUUUUGUGGACCAUUACAUAGUAAUGCAAGUGAGCUUGGUGCAAACUGCUGUCCAGAUCAGGAGACAAAAUCACAAUUAGAUGCUUUUGGAUAAGGAAAUGACUGGCGUGAUCAGCCUAUUAUUUUAAUAAGUGUGUGGUCCUCUGUAUUUGUAUUGGGGUUUUUUUCUGUUCUAGAAUAUAUUAUACUUGCAUUUUACAAUAAUUAUUUUCACCAUUCUCUCAGCAAUAUGUCAUCUGUUAUUUACAAUGAUUUAUUUCUUCCAAUAGGGCCAAGAACAGAGCUCUGGUUGCACCAAAGGUCAAAACCAAGGUACAGUGCGUGUGGUUUAUUCUUUGAGCUUUCAUAACCUCUUGGACUGCACAACACAAAGUUUCUUGGAGAUCAUGUGAUCUCUUGCCUCUAUGGUUUUUGUUUCUGGCCAUACUUCUUCCUUUCUUCUCUGUCUAUUAAUAGUUAUCAUUUAUGUUGACCAUGUAGUUCUAUUUCUACAAUCACACACAUUCUUUUUUUUUUUUUUUUUUUUUCUUAGGAAACUUCUACCAAGCAUGACAAGAAAGUCAUAUCCCCCCAGUCUGAGGCCCAAGGACCCUCAGUUGUUUCUUCAUCCACCCCCACCAAGGAAUCUUCGGUUCUCACAUCCACAGUGUCCCUAUCUCAGCCUGGAGUCUCUUCCAUAUCUACUCUUACCCAGGAUAACUCUUUGGAUGAAGAUCUUAUCCAUAAUCCGCCUUCAUUAGAGGGAGUGUCAGAGCACUUGACUGCUCUCUCCAAUCGAUCUGCAGGUCUUGGUUUUGACUUUCCCACCAGCAGAUCUGUCACAUCAGUAAAAAGCACUGGGAUGGAGGAAAAGAGGAAACUGUGCCUUCCUCAGUCUUCGCCAUCUGUCGCCAGUAAUACUCAACUACCAUCACGUGGGUACUCAGUUGACCAGCCUCUCCCAUUAGGAUCAGAGAAAAAAUUGACAGCCUCUAGUCACAGCACCAAGAUUUCUUCCGACGUCCAACAGGGGAAGCUUAAGCAACACCAUCACCAGGGAACAAACAAGACUCCCACAAUAAUAAAUGCAUCAUUGCAGCCCUCUGUGAAACUUUAUCAAAUAAGCAACCAGCAUAGCAAAGGAAACUUCACACACCCAACCCAAGCUGCAAGCCCAAAAACAUUAGCUCCUUCACCUCCACAUCGACCUGCCACCCCUCAGACCAAGUCCCCUAAACCCCAAGGAUUUAACCCAACGUCCUCAUCUACAAGCAACACCCUCAAACCCAUCAUAUCUCCAGGUGUUGUGGGCAAGCAUACAGGCAACAACAGCAUCUCUGGCCAGCAGAUAUAUAGACCUCCAGUGCCGAGACACCCGCUACCCCCAAAUAGUAAUUCAGGCAGCACUUGUAGCCAAACGUCCAGUUCUUCUACCACCGUCAUUCAGUCUCCUCAAACUCUUGUUCGGAAUCCCAUCACUAUUCCUAUAAAGAAGCCCACUGUCCCUCCUCAGAAGCUGACUUUGGUGGCACCUCAAGACACCGGGGGAGGGACUCAAGGUGUCGCCAAGCUACUGACCUCUUCUAUGGUUGCCGGUGUUGGAGGAAGCGCAAUGUCUCCCUCUAACAUGACUGUAAGUAUGAAAUGGACAUCAUCACUAAUUUGUGUCAAUAGCAGUUUCAACAGUAAUGUUUACUGCAAUACCCUCCACAUCUUAGUAUUUUAGUUACAUGGUACUGCCAUGAUAUAUACCAUUGAUGAGAAGCUUGCCCUUUGCAUGAACUAAUGCCAGGAGAUUGGUCACAAUCCUCAAGGGUCAUUUGUAGUUGUUUGAAGCAGCUGGUUCUUUGUAGCCACCUACUUUUGCACAUUAAUAGGGGAACAACUUGCCGUUCUACCCACUGCGACUGCCUCGAGCAUUUGGGAUAAGUUGUUUUAUUGUGUAUUUACUGAAACGCUGUAUUGAUCAUCUAUCUAUUUUCCCGGCAGCCUACAAAAUGCAGCGCAGGACCUGCCCUUCUGACGUCAUCGCCAUCACUGACUGUGCUGACUCCAUCAUAUAAACCAAACGGUGGAAAACUGCCCACCCCAACUUCCUUGGGAAUCCUCUCCCCCAUUCACACGUUUCCGCUCCAUGUUAUAUCUUUCACAGCAGAUCCUAAGGUGUCUGCCUCUAAAGACGCUAUAGUGACUGGGCCGGCCCCAGGGACUUUUCACCACGGACUGCCUCGGAGUAAGUGCUCUGCCCCAUGUAUAUAAACAUAUCUGUACAGUUAGCGUUCUAGUGAGGGUUCUUACAUUCACAAACUAGAAAAAGCCAGUGACAUUCAAAUUUGUAUCUCAAAUUAGAUUUUUUUUUUUUUUUCCUUGGCACUUUUCCUAUUUACACCUAAAUAUUCCUUAUCACACAUUUUUCAUUGUUUUAUUCUCCAGUUAUUUUUUCUUUCUUUACAUUUCCCCCCUGCCUCUUAUUCUCCUUUGUCACUCUCCCCCUAACCCUCGCACAUAAUACUAUCCUUCACUCUCAAUCUCUCUCUUCACAGAUCUGCUGAGUGGUCUGCACUCUAAUUCCAAUCAUCAUUCCUCACCGCUCCCGCACUCCGGCCUUCCAGCACACAUACAGCCCGCACAGACAGGUAAUGGCAAACUAACUUUGUAUACAAGUGGCUCUGAUAAAACCUCUAUAGUUCCAAAUGAGACGUCCAUUUAAUAUUUUUGAAUAAAGUUUUUUAUAAAUAUAUAUAUUUUUAUUUUAUUUUUUUAAUAUCAAAAAAGUGUGUGUGUGUGUGUGUGUGUGUGUAUAUAUAUGUGUGUGUGUGUGUGUGUGUGUGUGUGUAUAUGUGUAUGUAUAUAUAUAUAUAUAUAUAUAUAUAUAUAUAUAUAUAUAUAUAUAUAUAUAUAUAUAUAUAUAUAUAUAUAUAUAUAUAUAUAUAUAUAUAUAACCAGGGGACUGGCUGCAAUCACCUGAACAUGCAUAAAUAGGGUGCUGCUGGGUUCCAAUUUAUACAAUAAAAAAAGAUUUGUGGCCUUGUACUGCAGAGAACCAGAGAUGUUUAUUUUUUUAUUUUUCCCCAAGUAAGUAUCUCAUGAGGUAGAGUAGGACCUGCCACAGAUGGGGUACAUUGACGUUGCGGCAGGCUUAUGCAAUAUAUGAUCAUAUAAUGUAACUAAAUCCCCAUUAUUAUUUUGCCUAGAUUAGGUGUUUUUAAAAAACGAACAAUCUGUCAGCACCAAAGUUGCUGUUUAGUUGAUAAGAGAGUGCGCUGGAUCUUUUGUAUUGUUUGUGUGUGUGUGUGUGUGUGUGUGUGUAUAUAUAUAUAUAUAUAUAUAUUGUGUGUAUGUAUGUAUAUUAACAUUUUGAAAAAAAUCUAUAAAAUCGAAACCUAAUGUUCUUCUGUGCAUUAGAUACAAUAGCAAGCUAAAAGGACUUCUUUAAAGGCCUGUAGAGACAUCAUGUACUAAAGAAUAUCUUGGUGUAUUUAAAGUUAGUGUUAAUUGAGAUUUAUGGGUGGGUUAAAUAGGCCCAUAGUAGGCCGGAAGUGAACCGGUUGCAGACCGUGAUGCUUGUGAUAUCAUUUGUGCUUUAUUUUACUGUUAGAUUUUUCCAUUUAUCAUAUUACAGAUGGAGCUCACAUUCACCCUAAAGGACCAACGGUUCCUCCAAGGAAGGCUUAAGUUGUUGCACAUCAUGACCAAAACACGAUUGAGGACUUGAAGCCAAUCACUGGGGACGUGUUACCUGUUUAAAAGUUCUUGCAUGGCACGGCACCCAUCAUUCCAGUAAAAGCACUUGUAUAUUAAACAGAGGUGGGCAGACCGUUACUCUGAGAGUGAUGGGAGUUGCACUGCUGAUGUAGUAGCAAGUGGCCCACCUUGCUGUGGAUUGUGACUUAAAAUAUAUUGUAUAGGUUUUUUGUUCCUGAGCUGAAGAGGCAACGUUUCCACAUGAACUUUUAUUUUUCAUGUCAAAGUGUACAGCUGCCCUGGCAGAUCAGUCACGUCUCUUCCUAACGUAACGCACUUAUUGAUGUUCUGCCUGGGAGUUUUGUACAGCUUUAUUUACUGUAAUGAUUUCCUGUUUUCCCAUUGCCCUCUGAUCACUUUUCAACUGCCAGUUUUAUCAUUUUCACACACCCACUCUGAACGAUUCCCCACUGGUCCACUGCUCUUUCUGACAUCCCUGGCCAUCUUUUAUAAUAUUUUUCAUCAUGCUGCUGUCUCUGAUAUUUUCCCACUAUCCACCACUGACUCAGACAUUGUUCCCAACCAUUGCUGGCUGGACAUAGUCUAACCCAUUUUUUUCUGUCAUCAUACAUAAGGAAACUGGUAGGCUUUACCUGAAGUCCUUAAUGGCCUUUCUCAGAGACGAAGCCAACCAGCUCUGCCCAGCCAUACUUUUUUUUUUUUUGCUUGGCGAGUUCUCCCCUUCCCGGUCAUUGUAGGGUUAGGUUGCUGCCACAUAUGCAGCCAGUCCCCGUACUUCAUACUCAUCAUUGACUUCUUGAUACCCUCUUUGCCAGCAUUUUCUGUUGUUCCUUAUUACGUUUCUCCCUGUCCCCCACCCCUCCCUGAAAUUGAAACUGCCUGUUUUCACAAAGGAAAAUGUUUCUGUUAAUGAAAAUAUAUUAUUUUUGUCUUUUUCUGAGUGGCCCAAGGGUCUUAAAUGUGUGACUUUAUAUUUUGUCUUUAUACCUAAAUGAAUGUUCAGUCCGUCUGACACUGAAACGCAGAAGAAAAUAAUUAAGAUAAAGACUUUUUCUUAUAUCAGAUAUGUUAUCUUUUUAUUGAAGGAAUUUCAGGUGCAGACUUCAGAUUAAAUCUUUUCUUUAUUUGCAAACAGAUGGAUCUAAGCUGCUGGUGGCUUGCUUUAGAAUGCUUUGGCCUGCAAAAUGGUUUCAAAAUCUAUUUAUUUUCGCAGUCCUCUCAUAUGUCUGGCUUUUUUAAACCAAUCAAAAUAGCUUUCCUGUAUGAAAAAAAAUAUUUAGAGUUAAGUCACUAAAAAGUACACUUUUCAAUACUUGAUGUCACAAAUGAACCUUCUCCGGUCAGACGUACACAGGACAACCCACCUCUCUUCCUGUCUGACCAGCAUGACAAGUCACAGGGAUGCAAUGACAGCCACUGGCCUGGCUAGAUAUAAAACUAUAACUUGCUAUCAUAACUGUUUUUAUUACGUUUAAAUUAGCCUUAAAUGCAACAUAGUUUUCAAUUGUGGUGUUUUGUGUGAAGUGGUUUUGCUUUUGAUGUACAGAUCAUAUCCCUGUAGUCUCCCUGCUUACAUCUCUGCCAUUUAGGAAUUAAAUCACUUUGUUUAUGCAACCCUAGUCACACCUCCCUGCAUGUGACUUACACAGCCUUCCUAAACACUUUCUGUAAAGAGAGAUCUAAUGUUUAAACUUUAUGGCUCAUUCUGUUUAAUUUAGAAUCUCUUAUGUCCUGCUGGAAAUGAAUUAAUCGAUCAUACUGUGCUGUAAGAUCGGAUUAAAAAUGUUUUGUUUUCAUGCAUGCUGUGUCAGUCACAGUCAGGGGGUGUGGAUAGGGUUUCAUAAAUAGAAACAAAAGGGAUUUAACUCCUGAAUGGCAGAGAAUUGAGCAGAGUGACUAAAGGGGCAUGAUCUAUACAGCAAAACUGCUUCAUUAAGCUAACGUUGUUUUAGUGCUUAGUGUCCAUUUAAUCACUGUUGUAAUAGGGGCUCUAUAAUGAUCAGCAUUCGAACUAUUUAUUAUGUUAUUACAUAUGGAUUUAUACUCUAAACCAGGGAUUAUGCUAACCCAGUCGGUUACCUGGACCUAAAAUUCUUUAAAAAUAAAUGAUAAAUUUUGUUUCUGUAAUUUCAGCUGAAUGCAAACUGCUCAAUUCUCCUGCACCCUCUUAUUAAAAUUCCUCAGUGUAUUCAAUAACAGCCGAAUGGAUCCCUGUUACUUUCAAAAUAUUAAAGGUCUUAGGAGUUUUAGGUGCAGUUUCCGCUGUCCGUACAAGGAGAAUCUGAACAAUUGCAUGAAGGCAAUUCAACUGCAAUAUGAAUUCAGCUAUAUACAAAUUGCUUAUAAAAAAAAUGUAGAUUUUAGGGAUGCAUUGGAAGUGAAUAGUGCAGUCUUUUACCUUUUACAUACACCAGGAUUGUUUGUUUUGUCGUGUUUAUUUAAAGAAACGUUGUUUUCCUUAUCCAGGUUUUAAAUUGUACUUGCUCCUGUGUAAUAUCCGUGUAAUAACACUAGAGGGCGUCCACAUAAAAGGGCAUUGCAUUUUCCAGACAGCAGUCAAUAAUUCCAAUCUAGAAUCUAAAUGAAACAAUGUCUCAUCACUUGAGUCCAAAUUCCCUUUUCAUAUGGGAUUAGCUGCAUUACCCUUGUUAUUUACAGAGAAUGGAUUGAAAAAAACUGUACUGCAUAUUACAUUAUCAUUUUAGACUGAAAUUAAGGUUUGUUUAUAUAAUGUGGUUAAAUGUAAAUUAGAGAAUGGCAAUCAGAAAAUGUCAUUUACAUAUCUAAAUUUUGUAAAAUGUACUGUACUUUGAUUGAAAACUGAGAAAUAGUUAAGCUAUUUUUUAAUUAGAUUGCCAGCUCUUUGGUUCUCUGGUUGCUUUGGAAUACGUUUUGUAAAUAAUAAAAUUAAGUAGAUUGUCGUGUGAGGCCUCUGCAUGCUCAGUAAUGGAUGGUUUUUUAGCGGUGUAUACGGUAUUUUGUGAUAACUUUAUGUAAUAUUUUUUUAUUUAAAGAGCACCAACAUGUGUUGCAGAGCAGCACAUAAAUUCAAAUAAUUAGAGUUUAGAAUAAUUUAGUAUGACCUCUGACUUUUUUGUAUUUGUAUAGUUGAAGGGUUUUUUUUUUUGUUUUGUUUUUUUUAAACCACAACAAUUUUUUUUCCAUUUGUAUAAAUUCAGGCAGUCAUCUUGUUUUUGCUCCAGUUUACACUUAACGCAAACCUGUCUUUUUGUUUUUAAUUAUUUUUUACCCAACAAUAAAUGUUUUCCUAAUUCUGUCUGUGUUGAUAAUAGUUUUAUUGUUUUGGGGGGUGGGAAGUUAAUGUACAAUUUGUGAAUUACUGUUUAAAUCUAGAUACUAUUUAACCUGUGUAGCCUUUACUAUUUAAAGUGACCUGACAAAAGCAGGGGAAAUAUUUUUAUGAAAUAAAAGGUUUGCUUUAAGUAUGCUAAAUGUGAGAAGAGUGUUCAGAGUCCCAUCUAUAGUGGUAUGACCAUAUAAAACCGCUACAAAGAGACAAGGAAUGCCCAAAAUUGGGCAAUGAGUUGGGGCAUUUAUAUGCCAAUCCUCCCAAACCUAACAACCUCUUCUUCCCAGUGAUGACAUCUGAAACCUGCAGUAUUUUGGGCCAAUUAAGACAAGCAUACCUAAUUUCUGUGCAAUGUUUCAGAAACUGAUGCUCUGAGCCCAUCACGCACCCAGUAUAAGGCUUCCUGUUUCAAGCCUCCGAGUUAAGAAGAUGUGGAUGGGGCAGAGCUAAAUGACACUGAAUAGAAGACUUUGGGGUUAAACCAAUGGUUAAUGAUUUAACCACCACCAAUGGUAAGCCGGUGCCAGGGACGAUUACGUUGUUAUUGGGCUCGAAGUGGUCCAUUAAUGUGCAUACAAUGUAUACACUGUAUGUUCUAUAGGUAUGCUCUUUAGAUACUUCAAUUUUUCACAUCUCAAUAUAUAAAAUAGAUUGGAAUUAUUUCAUCUUUAUCUGGUUGUUCUCAAUUGUAACUCAUAUUACUUUAACAAAAUCCUGUGUUUCUCCUUGUUGGUUUUC